UGUUAAUAAAAUAGUACAUGCUUUUUUUUUGACCAAGUAUAAAAUAGUACAUGCUUGUUACUUACUAGUGCUGACUAUUAGACUGAGGCCCCGCUUGGCAUUCACGAAAGUUUAUACAUCUGUAUCCAUAUACACCUGUAUUUCACCGGGCACCAACAAAACCAGCGGAAAUUUUUUGCUCUCCAAAAUAUCGUUUGGAUACGCAUGGUAUCUGAAUACGAGAACACGUACUUGUGCAAUUCCAAACAACAGAGUACUACAGUCGUAUGUGCGCAUGGAUGACGCUCCUGCAGUCCUGCCGGAGCUAGACGGCGGCGUCCGCGAGACCAUACCUAUUUGAUGAAGGAUCUCCCCGACGGCGCAGCAACAAGAAGCAAAAAAGGGAUGAAGGGCGGGGUGAGAUGAGGGCAAGGUUUACCCUGCUUGCCGCCGGAGGAGAACAGGGGCUUGAGGGGAUUCGGUGGCGGCGCGGUCACUGGAUCGGAGCCGGCUCCGUCGUUGCCGAAGCAACGCCCGACGGAGAAGCGGAGGCGGAAUCUGCGUCGCCGCCUUGCGGAAGCCUCGUGUCCCCUCGCUGCUGACUCGCGCCGGUGGCGGAUUUCUAGGUCUCUCGCAGUCGCCCUCUCCAUUUCCUCUUUCUCAAGCUUCCGAAAAAAUUCCGGGCCUCCUCAGCUCCGUAUGGAUUUCCGUCGUUUUGGUCUGAAAUCGGGCGGAAAAAGAAACGAGAACGACGAACCAAUCGCGAUUCUCAGCAUCGGGGGUAUAUUUUUCGGGCCCUGACUAUAAUUACAUCAUUACAUGGCAACAUGCUGCAGCCAGCGGUUGACUAUACUGUUGUCCUCACUCUUAAGUAAGUACUUCCUUCGACCCACUGUAUAAGACUUGCUUUGUUUGUUACUUUAUCACUUUAUCCUAUGUACAACUUUUGUGAGUUAAUUUCAUCAAAACAAACUUGUGUGAGUUAAAUUGAUAUAAUUGCACUCAUAUUCAAAAGUAUUUGUUUAUACUUAUGGUUAGAUCACAUAAGUCACAUGUUUGGCCAGAGGAUUGGUCAAAACAAAUGAAACAAGUCCUGUACAAUUGGACGGAGAGAGUAUAUGCCUAUGUUCUACGCAUUCAAAGCUCAUAUCUUUUUUUUUAUGAUUUAACUCAUAGUAGUAAUACGUAACCAAAAGUUCAUAAUUUUUUUAUGCUAAAAAACCUCAUACCAUACAUUUUUUAUGCAAAGAUUUAAAAUACGUCUUACUUUUAAAUUUGACAUUUUGUGAGCGAGAACAAAAUCAGAAGACGCCGCAAAUAAUUCCAAUUAUCUAGUACCUCCUGCAUGCUAGGGGAGAUUUCAUCCGGGGUUGUUAGUUUGUUACGGCUCCCUUUUAUUGUGGAAACCGAUCACGAAAGUCGAUCUCCCUCGACCGCGUCCAACGGUCUAGGAAUGAAUCAAUGAACAUAUAAGCCAGUCUGCAGAUUGCAGCUUGUUCAGAUCAAAUCGCAGGCCUCGAUAGGACUAAAGAUGGUUGCGAUCUCCGAUCAAGGAGAAGAGCAGCCUGUUCUGCCCCGGAACGGCGGCCACACUGACACCACAAAACUGGACGUGUGCGUCACAUUGUUUGCCAGCAUGAUCUUGCUUGCGCUGGUGCUGGUCUUCUUCUUCGCCAUCAUCUUCAUCCUUCUUUCGCCCAUCCUCCAUGAUCCGGCGGCCUACUCCAUGGGGAUCGUCGCCGUCUCUGGCCUCGACCCAACGACGAACCGGUCGGCGUCGGCGCUGCUGGACCCGGAGUUCAACCUGACCGUGCGGGUCGCCUCCAGCAGCUUGAACGUCCCGUGGCCGUGGUUCGGGGACGACUGCUUGGAUCCCAGCACGUCCGUGGAGGUGUCCUACCUCCGCGUCCCGCUGGCCGGCGCGCGGGCGCCGCGUAACGUCUGCACGAGGGCGUGGCAUUCGCCCAAGGACCGGUCCUUCGUCGCUCGGGGCAGAGGAGUGGACGUGCCGGGGUUCCUGGUGGACAGCCUCGCGGAGGACAUGCGGCGCGGGGAAGCGGUGUUCGAGAUCACGCUCAUGACUCCCCACAGGCAGGGCUGGGUGGUGCUGACGUGCUGGGCCAAGGUCGGCGACGCCUCGUCGACGUUGGAGACUCCGUGCGCCAAGUCCUCCGUGAAUGCUGGCUUGCCCAUGGUGCAAUCCGCCGGGGACUCCGGCUGUGUUCCCCGGCCACAGGUUCACAAUAGGUGAUGAGCGAUGCUGUACGUACACCGUUAUGUGCGUCAACGCUGAACACACAACAAAUGCAUCUACUUCUGCGUUUCUUGACAUUAUAUAGUAGCUUAAUCGUUUCAGUUUCAUCAUUUGAAUGAAAUUUGAUGUAGACAAUCGAGUUUACAUCUUUCAUAGUUGUAGUAAUACAGAACAAGCUGUGGGUGGAAGAUGUUUUACCCGGCUGUUCAGUUAAGCUUUUCCUUAGUUUUCUCCUUCUCUGUAGAUUCAGUUAGCUGGACUACUCGGUUUAUUCUGUUGAGAUCCGAUAGCUGCGCCCUCUAGCGCA